AUGUUGGUGUCUAGGGUUUUAUCGAGAAUUUCUCGCACCGCGGGCUUACGCUCUUCUCUCUCCUCCGCCGCUACGCCGACGAAGAAUCAGAUUAUUCCGGUUUUUUCCGGCCGAUUUCACUCCCUCGUCGACGGAACUCCCAGUAAGCUUGUCGCAGCUCCCGUUUCGCUCCUAAACCAUGCGACUCUAGAUUGGAAUGUCCUUCAAAGGUUCAGUUUUUUUUCCUCUUCCUCAGCUGAAUCGAAGGAAAACGAGAGUGGCACCGAGGUCCCAAAGACCAGCGAAGCUUCUGAGGAUGCGGAGGCGGUGAAAGCUACAGGUGAGACUGAUUUUGAGGAUUUGUCGAGGGACGAUUUGGUGAAGCUUGUGGCCGAGAAGGAAGAUCUUGUCAAGGUUCAGCAGGAAGACAUAAAGGAAAUGCAAGAUAAGGUUCUACGCACGUAUGCAGAGAUGGAGAAUCUAAUGGACAGGACAAAACGCAAUGCUGAAAACGCCAAAAAGUUCGCCAUACAGAACUUUGCAACAAGCCUGUUGGAUGUGGCGGAUAAUCUUGGAAGAGCUUCUUCAGUAGUCAAAGAGAGUUUUUCAAAGAUCGACACUUCGAAAGAUACGGCUGGUGCUGCUCCACUGUUGAAAAACCUUUUAGAAGGAGUGGAGAUGACUGAGAAACAAUUAGCAGUGGUAUUUAAGAAAUCUGGUUUGGUGAAAGAAGAUCCUUUGAAUGAACCGUUUGAUCCAAACAGACAUAACGCAGUGUUCCAAGUCCCAGAUGCUUCCAAGCCAGAAGGCACAAUUGCUCACGUCCUAAAGUCUGGAUACACGUUGUUUGAUCGAGUUAUAAGACCAGCUCAGGUUGGAGUUACUUGCGCGGUGGAGAAAGAGUCUGAAGCUUGA